AGCAACAAGGGUUUCGUUCGUCCUCUAUUUCUGGCUAGGUUAAAUUGUUACCUUUGACAUUAGGGUUUCUCUCCACCCAACUCCAACACGCACGCACACACACACCUGGAGCAGAGCGGCCACACCACCAGAAGCCGCCAUGGUUCUCAAGACCGAACUCUGUCGCUUCAGCGGUGCCAAGAUAUACCCGGGCAAGGGCAUCAGAUUUAUCCGUUCGGAUUCUCAGGUGUUUCUCUUUGCGAAUUCGAAAUGCAAGAGGUAUUUCCACAACCGUUUGAAGCCUUCCAAGCUUACCUGGACGGCAAUGUACCGGAAACAACACAAGAAGGACAUUGCUGCUGAGGCUGUGAAGAAGAAGCGCCGCGCCACCAAGAAGCCCUACUCAAGGGCCAUUGUUGGUGCCACAUUGGAAGUUAUUCAGAAGAGAAGAACUGAGAAGCCUGAAGUUCGGGAUGCUGCUCGUGAGGCUGCUCUCCGGGAAAUUAAGGAAAGGAUCAAGAAGACCAAGGACGAAAAGAAGGCGAAGAAAGCCGAGUUGACCAAGUCACAGAAGACUCAAUCUAAGGGUAAUGUUCCCAAGGGUGGUGCUGCAUCCAAGGGCCCCAAGCUUGGAGGCGGUGGUGGGAAGCGGUGAUUUCAUUCCGAUUUUCCCUGCCGUUCAUUUUUCUUGCACUGGCCUAAUUUGUUAACAUUUUGUCAUGCUUUAAAAUUUUCAUGUAUUUGAAUGGAUUCAUUGGCCAUGAAAGCCAGUCACUUCUUUUUUGGAUAUUCGAUUUCUUCAUAUGCGAAUUAGAAUUAUUAUUGUUUUUCCUUGAGCA